CAAGAUGUGGAAUGGUUAGGUUUUGAAUGGAGCGGUUUAUUUCACGCCUCGGAUUAUUUUCAGCAACUCUACGACUUUGCUGUUGAACUCAUCAAAAAAGACAAAGCCUACGUCUGCUCACUCAGCGUCGAAGAGAUGCGCGAAUACCGUGGCACCCUGACCGAAGCAGGAAAAGAGAGCCCUUACCGCAACCGCAGCAUCGAAGAAAACCUCGAACUGUUCGAGAAGAUGCGCUCUGGUGAAUUCGAAGACGGCGCACACCUGUUACGCGCCAAGAUCGAUAUGUCUUCAUCCAACAUUAACAUGCGCGACCCAGCACUCUAUCGCAUUAAACGCGCACAUCACCAACGCACAGGUGACGAAUGGGUCAUCUACCCAAUGUACGAUUUCACCCACUGUUUAUCCGAUGCAAUGGAAAACAUCACUCACUCAAUUUGCACGCUGGAAUUCGAAGAUCAUCGCCCACUCUACGAUUGG